AUGCACUUCUACAAGCUCUUGCUAUCAUUCACACUACUUGGAGCCUCCCUGGGGGAACUCCAGUCACCAUUGACCCCUUCAAAGGAAAAAAUUGCAAUAAUAGGAGCCGGGGCAGGUGGUUCUUCAGCUUCAUAUUAUUUACAAAAAUUCACUUCAGAUGGUUUCAACAUCACUUUAUUUGAAGCUGAACAUUAUAUUGGAGGGAGAUCUACUACUAUUUCAAAUUACUCGCCUAAUAAUAGUACAAACCUUUCAAUUGAACUAGGUGCCUCGGUUUUCGUUGGUGCUAAUAGAAUUUUAUGGAAUGGUGUUCGGGAAUUCAAUUUAACAACUACAUCUUUUGAUCUGAGUGAUAAAUAUCCAGAUAAAUUCAAAGGUGAUUUUGGUGUUUGGAAUGGUACGGAUUUUGUCUUCAGAACAAAUGGUGAUGAGAGUACAAUUGGUGGGGUUUUCAAGGUAUUUUGGAAGUAUGGAUUAUCUCCAUUAAGACUUUAUUGGCUAGUUAGAAAUACAGUUGGGGAUUUUGUUCACUUUUUCUAUUAUACAUAUUUUCCAUUUCAAUUAGAUGAAAUUGUUUCAAGAAUUGGGUUUGAUCAAUUGACGAAUUCUACUGGUGCUUUCUAUCUUGCCAAAAAGAAAAUUAGUGAAGAUUUCGCAAAUGAUAUUGUUGAAGCAUCCACAAGGGUAAACUAUGCCAGUAACUUGAAUGGAAUUCAUGGACUAGAAACUGUUGUUAGCAUGGCUGCUGAAGAAGCUGUUCAAGUUGUUGGGGGUAAUUAUCAGAUCUUUGAAGGAUUCAUUAAACAUUCUGGUGCGAAUCUGUUGUUGAAUACUCGUGUUACCAAACUUAAACAGUUAAAUGGUAAAUGGAUUGUUGAAACAGGAUCUGGCCAAAUUGAUGAGUUUGACCAAGUUAUAAUAGCAGCUCCAUUACAUCUUUCACAGGUUGUGAUUGAUGGUGAGAAUAUAACUGAGUUGGAAGAAGUUCAAUACAGAGACUUACAUGUGACAUUCGUCUUAGCACCAAAGUCAAACCCAAUUAAACAUGAAUACUUUGGGGAAGGACCAGUUCCAGAAUUGAUCUUAACAAGAUCCAGCACCUCAAAUAUUCCAUUUUUUAGCAUAAAUAUUGUCGAAUAUGAUAAUGCUACAGACACCAUAUUUUACAAGAUUUUUUCACCAGAUCCAAUAGAUGAGAAGAUACUGUCUGAAUAUCUCUUUGAAGAUUUGACAGAUGUUUCUAUAGUUUUCACCAAGCUAUGGAAUCCAUAUCCAAUUUUAAAGCCUAAAGAUCAUUUCAAGAACUUUCAAAUAGGCGAGAAGUUAUGGUAUUUGAAUUCAAUUGAGGAGUUUAUAAGUACAAUGGAGACUUCAGCAUUAGCAGGUGCAAGUGUUGCAGGAUUGAUAUCUGCUGGAAAGAAUACAACAGAGAUUUUGUUACCAUUUUAUUAG